UGUAGCCUUGGCAGCAUUAGAGCCUCUGGGGUCUGAGUAUGGUAUUUUGGACUCCUGGCUGACUGCAGAAACUUUUCUUACCCUUUUUUGGAUCCAAUUCACCUCGUGCCUUGGCAUGGAGAACCAAAAGGCCUAAAUGGGCUCUGCUUUGGUGAGAAACUUCUGGCUCUGAGCUAUGGUACGCUGUGUGCCUUGAAACUGCUAAGCACAGGUCAUUUCUGGCGUAACCCCUUUGAAGUCACGUACGCCACAAGUCCUUGUUUAAGCCAGGUAACGUUGGCUUUGCCAGGAGGAUGUGUACUGUGCCACCUGCUUGUAUCUGAGAUCAGCUGGCUAUCACCAGCUAAUCACUAGUUAUUUCCAUUUGCAAUGUUACCAUUCACCUGGCGAUGGGUGUGAAAUGGAUUCAGCAGUUACUGGAGGAAGGCUGGCCAAAGGCACACAGCCUGGAGGGAAACUAUUUUAUCCCCAUACACUUAGUUAAAUCUACAGACUAGCUAGUGUAAAAAUUAAUUUUGUUUAACUUGAAGAACAGAGAUUCUAUCUCGAAGAACCGGUAGUUUCUUCUGGACAGGCAUUGUAUUAAAAGGAAGACCUGCGUUUAUGAGGCAGAUUUUGAUGGAUGGAAAGCAGAAUGGAUAGUUAAAGGGAAGGAACCACACAGCCAGCAUGCUCUUCUUUUCCAGAGGGCUGCAAAUGUAGCUGCUCUGAAGAUGGUAAGUCCGAACACACAAAACAUGAUGGUUAUUUCAGGCGCCUGAUGGCAGCGUACGUCAUCAAAAUCUGAGUGCCUGGAGGAUUCUCCAGUUUCACCUAGCUCCACUAGGUUCUGCCGUGUACCUGGUGAUGUGGUAACACACAGACCAGAUAACGCCAUGUCUGUCCCUGCACUCCAACGAUCCUUCUUGGUCCUCUGAAGCCUCAGGGAAAAUCCUGCUGAAUUAUUUCAGUUAAUAUUUCCUGCAGUCAUCCCGCCACCAAUGUGUUACCAUCUCCUUGUGUUCAUACUUUCCUUUGUCAUGGUUGUUAUGCUGCUUCUCCUAAGAAAUUUCAGAGGAUUUCCACUUUGCUUGGCUCCUGGUUCUUGCCUAGUAGUACUUCUUUCUCCUACAUGGCUUCAAAGUUAAAACUAGAUUUUUUUUUUUUAUUUUUUUUUCUGCUCAUGCCAAGGGUCAUUGGGGAUAUGUGAACAACUUGUAUCUCACUCCCUGAAUUAGGCCAGGUGAAUCAACGCAGAGAUAUAGGACUAAUGAUAAGCGGGAUACCAUUUAAAGAGUAUACAAGUAUUAAGUAGGAUGGCUGUUAGUGCCAGUAUUUUCCAACAUAACUACCACAUUGCUAUAUUUUUUUUUUAGUAGAGAGCCCUUAAAAACGUCCAGAUCUUUCAGGCUGUCUUCUAAUAUGACCAUUAAAAUAAUUUAAUUGCAAAAAUCCUAGGAAGCAAAUAUUUGCCCUCUUGGCUUCCAGAGUUUGACCUCCACUGGCCUUCAGCUGGUCGUGUCACAAGCUGCUGUCUACAGCCCCUGAUAGAAGAAAUCUGCAUUCAGUAACAUAAAUACUGGCUUGUUGACCUCAUUUCUAUUUCAAGUGGGUGCUGCCAGCGCUGAUGUCUCACCUCGCGCAGUGUGGCAGCUGCGCAGCAUGAUCCAAUGCACCAUCCCGGGCAGUCACCCUCUGCUCCAGUAUGAUGGCUACGGCUGCUACUGUGGCUUGGGAGGCAGCGGGACACCAGUGGAUGAACUUGACAAGUGCUGUCAAACACACGAUAACUGCUACUCUCAGGCAGAGAAACUGUCAGCGUGCACCACCUUGGUGGACAACCCCUACACCAAGACGUACAAGUUCAGCUGCUCCAGCGAGGAUAUUACGUGCAGCAGCACCAACGACGAGUGCGAGAUGUUCAUCUGCAACUGCGACCGCGCGGCCGCCAUGUGCUUCGCCAAGGCGCCCUACAACCCGGGCCACUACAGGCUGGACACGGCCAAAUACUGCAAGUCCUCCUGAGCGCCGAGCUCACGAGCGCCCUUUAAUAAAGACCG